AUGGGGGAUGCCGCCGACCGCGUGCGCGUCCUCGUGCGCGUCUCGGCGGCGGGCCACGCGGCGGAGGCGCUGCCGCCGCCCGGGGGCGUGCCCUCUGCCAGGUGGAUGGCCAAGCUCGCCCCCCUGCUGCGCCCCGCCGACGACGCGCCCGGCGCCUUCGCGUGCUGCCUCCCGGGCACCCUGGCGGAGGUGGGAGCCCACCUGUGGCAGCACCAGACGCUGUGGCUCCGCCUGCGGCCUUCAGGAGGCGCGACAGAUGGGGCCAUCGAUCGGCAUCUGGCCGUGCCUCUGCGGGAGCUGCUGGAUCCCUCGGCGGACCUGUCUGGGCAGCAGUACUCGAGCGCGGUCGAGUUCGAGGAGGGCGACGCAGGCCAGGAGCUGCGCGUGUCCGUGGCCCUGGAGCUCCGGGCCUCCGGCGCGCUGGCAGGCGGCGGCUCGCCCAUCCCGGCUCUGUCGCUGUCGGACGUCUUCGUGCUACAUCUCCAGAUGCAGCAGUCGAGCUCGGCGGGGCACGGCCCGCCGCUGGCGCUGUCGUGCGGCGGCGUGGAGCAGCCGCUGCAGGGCGGGUGCGCGCGGCGCACGCUGGUGCUCGUGGACAGGUGGGAGGAGGUGCCCGAGGCGCUGUCGGAUCUUGACGCUCAGGUGCAGUUCUUGGGCGACGCCGUGCAGGAGGGUGAGAGCGGCGGCGGCGCGCUCGACUUGUCUGCUCUGAUCCAGGCCGCGGAGGGGCGCGACGCCGGCGGCGCGGCGGAAGUCAGCGCUGCAGCCAGCUGCUGCGGGGCGCCGCCUCUGGCCUCUGUGGUCUUCCGUGCCUCCGUGCGGGCCCAGCUGUCUCCCGCUGGCCCCGCGGGCGCAGGAGGAUGUUGUGGCGGUGCCGGGUCGGGCACGGCCUCGGGACCGCGUCUGUGGCGCUUGUCGCUGGAACUCCGCUCCCUGCGGCUCACCGCCUGCUCUGGCAGUGUCUACGUGACGUACUCCUACGACCCGCUGGCACAGUCGCGGCCGUUCCGCACCAGCCCGCCAGUGCUCGCAAGGCGGAACGCCAUGGUCUGCCUCCCCCGCGCCUUCGCCGCCUACACCCUCGAGGCCACGCGCGAGGAACUGCGCGCUCGGCUGGAGGAACCCCUGCACCUGGAGGUCUGGCACCGGGACUCCUACAAGAGAGACUCCUUGAUCGGCCUCGGCGCCGUGGCACUGGGGCCCGUCUUCGACGAGCCGCUGCAGCGCUCGGAGCGCAUGCCGUCCAUGUCCGCCAGCGGCUUCCGGGCGCUGCAGCGGCAGUGCCCCCUCGCGGGAGCGGCCCCGGAUCUGCCCGGCGCGGACGCGGGCGUGCUGCGCGUCCUCGUCUUCCUGGAGGAGCUCGGGCCCGCCGCAGCAGGGGCGGCGGGCGGCGACGCGGUGGUUGGCGUACCACCGCUGCGGGGAGCGGCGGCCGCGGCCAGCGAGGAGGAGGAGGAGGACUGCGGCGCCGACGCGCCCGGGCUCGGCGAGAGCAGCCUGCAGGCGCUGCGGGGGAGCCCGGCGUACUCGGCCGCCUACGCGCUGGAGCUGUGGCGCCGGGCGGAGGAGGAGCGGUUCAGGAAGCACCUCGCCGACCAAGAGGCCGCGCUGCGGCGCGAGCUCGAGGAGUCCUUCCGGCAGCGGGAGCUGGCGCGCGCGGACGAGUUCCGCGCCGCGCAGGGCGAGGUGCGCAAGCUCGAGGCCCGCGCCAGGCAGCAGCUGGAGGAGCUGCAGCGGCGCGAGGCGGCCGUCGGCGCUGAGGCGAGGCGCGCGGAGGCGGCGCGCGACGAGGCGGCGCGCCAGGCCACCAGGACCAUCCACGAGCUGGAGGAGGCCUCGCGCAGGCGCGCCACGGAGAUCCGCCUGCGCAUCGAGCUCGAGGAGUGCAAGGCCCGCGGGCACGAGGACCGAGCGGCCGAGCUCGAGGGCGACCUGGGCUUCCACAGGAGGCGCGCGGGGGAGCUCGAGCGGGCGCUCCAGGAGCGGCAGCGCCGCCUGCUGGCCGACGGCGACGGCGACGAGGAGGGCGAGGGCGGGGCGCCGGGCGCCGCGGCGGGCGUGCGGCAGCAGCUGCAGCAGGCGCGCCUGGAGCUGCGCGAGGCCGAGGCGCGUGCUGAGGCGCUGGCCGCGUCCCGGGACCACUUCCGCCAGCGGAUCGAGGAGCUGUGCGCUGGCGCGCUCGUGGCGCCGUUGGCCCCUCAGUGCCAGCUCUUCGCUCGCGCUCGGGGCGCCGACGCGGACGCGGGCCUCGCAGCGGCGAGGCACGAGGAGGUUGCACUCACGGAGCGACUUGCCAGCGCCUUGGAGACUGUGCGCGAGCUCGAGCAGGCGUUGGAGCCCGAGUCCGAGCUGGGUCGCAGGAUUCUGCUCAUCAUUUCUGUCUUGGCUGCGAAGCUGCAGGGCAUGCCCAUCCUUGGUUCAGUCAGUGCCAGGCGCAACGCGGCCGAGCACGUGUUCGACUCUCCAGCGGGCGUCAUCGCCAUAGCUAGCAACACGGAGCUCAACAAGCUGCAGCGGGGCGGCGGCAGCGGGACGGGCGAGUGCGGUCCCCUGCGGGGGAUGACUGCCCGUGCGGCUGGCCGACCGCGUGUGGCGGGCGCUGGUGCUGGGGGCUUGGCUGCUGGUGCGGACGGGCGGCGUGCUCAUCCUGCCGUGGUGGCUAGCGUGGAGACGGCGCACGAGGAGCAGGAAGAUGCCGAGCAGUCUGGCGACGCGGCCCUGGAUGCUGACAAGGGCCGGGACAGUGACGUGGACUUGCUCGUGGAGGAGGUGGAUUGGCUGGGUUUGCAGGAGCUGGAGGAGAUGCACCGCCAGAUCGUCGCCUUCCCUGGUCGGGUGCGCUGCCGUGCGGAGGCUCAACCGCUUGUGAACCGCAGGAACGAGGUGAACGACGUCAACGAACGUCUCGAGGUAUUGGAGCAGUGGUCGCCAGCGCCGGCGGGGGCCGCGGCCGCCGCGCCGGUGGGCCUCUGGCUGCCGGCGGAGGCGGGGGCCCUGGCGCCCGCGGCCGCCGCGGAGGAGGCCGGGGCCUGCGAGAUGACGCGGCGUCCAACAGCGGAGGAGGCGGCCGGCACGGAGCCGCGCGCGCACGCGGCGUGGCUGCGCGCCCAGCGCGCGGAGCUGCUCCAGAGCGGCCUGUACAGCGAGGGCGACGCCGUGGUGCGCGCGCUGGACGCGCGGUUGUCGGCUGUGGGCGCGGCGGGGUGACACUCCUCCUCUUCGCCCUUCUCAUCCUCCUCUUCUUCUGUUUUCCUCCCUCCUCCUCCUCCUCCUC